GGUAACGGGCGGGCGGGCGGCGGCUGGCCCCGGGCCCUGCCCUGGGGGGUGGAAUACGGGAAUGGGGGCCGGAAUACGGGAAUGGGGGCCGCCAUUUUCUUCGGUGGUAACGCGGCCGGGCUGGGUCUUGGGCCGGAGUCAGCCGUUGGCCGGGCUCGCUCGGUGUGAGGGGGGGAGGAUGAGGCGGCCGCCCCCGGGAGACGAGGCGGCGGGGGGCUGCGCUGUGAGGAGGGCUCCGGCUAAGCGUUUAUGCCCUGGCUCAUUCACAAUGAGACGAAGCUCGAGUACUGCGGGGAGUAGUAGUCGGCAAUCUACAAUGGUACUGCGAGUGCAGGACAACAACAAGAUGGGUCUUCAAACACCUCAGAUGAAGGACAGAGGAACGUUUGGGAAGCUGAGCAUGAGCAAACCGAUGUCUGGAACUUCGGAAAGAAAAGUCAGCUUUUUUGGGAAGAGAACUAGUGGGGCUGGAGGUUCACGCAACAGUCAGUAUGGCGUGUUUGGUACAGAAAAGAUCAAGGAUCCCAGGCCCCUUCAUGACAAGGCAUUCAUCCAACAAUGUAUCAAACAGCUUUGUGAGUUUCUUGUUGACAAUGGUUACGCCCAUAAUGUCUCCAUGAAAUCCCUACAGUCUCCAUCCGUAAAGGACUUCUUAAAAAUCUUCACUUUUAUCUAUGGAUUUCUCUGCCCUUCCUAUGAACUGCCUGACUCAAAAUUUGAAGAGGAAAUUCCUAGAGUUUUUAAAGAGCUGGGGUACCCUUUUGCUUUGUCAAAGAGCUCCAUGUACACAGUGGGAGCUCCACACACGUGGCCUCAGAUCGUGACAGCUUUGGUUUGGUUAAUCGACUGUGUCAAGUUGUAUUCUGCCAUGAGGGAAAAUUCAUCGUCAUUUGAUGAUGGACAGAACUGGGGAGGAGAGACAGAUGAUGGAAUUGUACAUAACAAGCUUUUCAUGGACUAUGUUGUGAAGUGUUAUGAGCACUUCAUGAAAGGGGGAGAUACGUUUGAAGAAUUGGAUGCAGAAGUGCAGUCAAAAUUAAAGGAUUUAUUUAAUAUAGAUGAAUUCCAGAUAGAAGGUUUAGCAGCAGAAAACAAAAGACUUCAUGAAGAAAUCGCAAGACUAGAAAAAGAAAGGGAAAGCGAGCCGGAUCGUUUAGUAUCACUACGAAAGCUGAGAUCAUCUUUUCAAGCUGAUGUUCAGAAAUACCAGGCUUAUCUGGCUAAUCUGGAAUCUCAUACAAACAUCCUUGAUCAGAAAAUGAAAGGUGUUAAUGAGGAAGUUGAGGCAGCAGAAAUGGAAGUAGAAGCAAUGAAGCAGGAGAAUGCCCGGCUCCAGCACAUCUUUGAUAACCAAAAGUACUCAGUUGCGGAUAUAGAGAGAAUAAAUCAUGAGAGAAAUGAGUUACAGCAAACCAUUAACAAGCUGACUAAGGAACUGGAAGCAGAAGAACAUCAACUGUGGAAUGAAGAGCUAAAAUAUGCUAGAAAUAAAGAGGCGAUCGAAACACAGCUGGCAGAGUAUCAUAAACUGGCUCGAAAGCUGAAAUUGAUUCCAAUAAGUGCUGAGAAUUCCAAAGGCCAUGACUUUGAGAUUCACUUUAAUCCUGAGGCAGGACCAAAUUGCCUAGUCAAAUACAGAACUCAGAUUAAGGCUCCCCUUAUGGAGAUCAUAAACCAGACUGAAGAAGAAAUUAGGAAAGCUACUCAACGGAAAAUGAGUUUGGAGGAUACUUUGGAACAGGUGAAUGCAAUGGUAGUGGAGAAGAAAAGCAGCGUGAAAACACUGAAAGAAGAAGCAGAAAAGCUGGAUGAUCUUUACCAUCAGAAGCUAAAAGAGGCAGAAGAAGAGGAGCGAAAAUGUGCAAAUGAGCUGGAAUUGUUAGAGAAGCAUAAACAACUACUUGAAAGUGGUGUCAAUGAAGGUCUCAGUGAAGCCACAAAUGAACUGCAUGAUAUUCAGCGACAAUAUCAAAUCGUUAUGCAAACAACAACAGAAGAGAGCAGGAAAGCAGGCGAUAAUUUGAAUCGUCUUUUAGAAGUGAUUGCUACUCAUGUAGUAUCUAUAGAGAAAUAUCUUGAUGAACAGAAUGCGAAAAUUGACAGAGACUAUGAAGAAUUCAUGUCUGAAGAUCUACUGUCAGUCUUGACUGGAAUUCUAGACAGUUAUAAAAAGAAGGCUGAAAGCGUGUAAUUACUAAAAAGGUGAAGAUGAAAAUUUUGUGCUUCUGAAGCUGUUGUGGUGUCUCCUAAAUGCAGGAAGCAACCAUCCUUUUAGCAGCUAAAUUGGUUUUAAGUUUAAGAAAUGUUCAUGAACCUCCUCUGCUUUAUUAAUAUAAAUAUAAUAAAGGAUUAAAAGAAACAUUUGCAAUUAAAAAAAAAAAAGGUUUGCUUACACUUCCUCCUUAUGAUGUAUUUAUACAAAAUUACAAAUGUCUAUAACAAGACAACUAUGGAACAACUUAAUUUCAUUUUUUUUCCUGUAUAAAUAAAUCAUAUGUGCUCUUCUAGUAAUAUUCAGUAAGGUGAGUACUGUCAGCCUGUUAAAAAUAACCAGCUUCAGUGAACUUACAGAUAAGACUGCAAGUGACAGCACAAAUGCAGAGGAUACUGACAAAAAUAAAAUAACCAGUGGCUUUUCUACACUUGGAAGAUUGCUAACUGAGAAGAGUCAUGCUUUCCUUUUCGGAGUAUAGUUUGCGCAUUUGCUGGUAUAAGUAUGUAUAAGUAUGUAUUUAGUAUGCACACAUGAUGGUGCACAUCCUUCCUCAAGCCUUCAAUUUACCGUCAAGACCAAAUGUAAAUGUCUUCCAGUCUCCUGUCUGUUCUGUUAUCUAUCAAAUGCUCAGAGACCUCCCUUACAUGUGUAAGGUUUUUGUUAUUUUUCUUUUAGCAAAAGCCUCUCUGGAAAGAUCAGUAGUAGUUAUACGGUAGUCUUGUAAAUCAUCUAGAGAAUGAAAGAAUGAAAGUUCUGUCUCUGAGUGCUUGUAGCACCAGAUGAAAACUUACUGUACUUCUUGAGUAUGUGUGCUAGAGAGAGUUCUAAGCAGGGCAACGUGAAUUCUGUCAAUCUAGCUCAUCAGUUGAAGAUGUAACUAGUCUUGUAUACAUGAAAAUGAUCUAAAACGAGUCUGCAUUCUGUUGCUACACUAGUAGGGCAGACCAUACUUAAUUUUUUUUUCUUCCUCAGGAAAGUAGCAGUAAAGUUGGCGUACGGGGAGCUCCAGUCCUAUAAAUACACUGAAGAAAAUGUAUCCCCAUCUCUUGAGCAUGUACUUCUUUCUUGUUCGAUGCCAUGUAGAAAGCAGAAGUAGUAUCUGCUUGUCUACUAUGUUAUAUACUUUUGUGUUCUUAAAAAAAAAAAAAAAAGUAUUGGAUAGUUUAAUUUAUGAUGGUAUUCCCUGUGGUAUUGAAGUAUUUGAGGUUUUUGAAUACAGUUCAGUGAUAAAUCACUGAUUCAAAUCUACAACAAAAAAUCUGCAAUGUAUUCAAAAGUUUCUGGUGGCUCAUAGCUAAAUAAAGUUGCUCCUUAAUUCUCUAAUUAGAUAAAGUAUUCAUGUGAAACACAGAUCCUUCAGAUACCCAUCAAAACUUAAGUUAGACCCUCUAAACGCAGACUGAAAGUUAAAAGCUGAAUUGUGUUUAAUUCUAGGCUUUUUUUUUGCAUGAAAUUCAGUCAUCUUCAUUAACAUAGUAUGUGAAUUUUCUAGCUCUUGGUAUUUUGUUUUAGAUACUUUAAUUAUGGCAGUAUUCAAAUUUCAAGCUCUCUUUUGCUAUAUUCUGGAAGUUGAAUUAGCUAUAAUGGCUUUCUGACAAGCAGGUAACAGUUCUGCUUUCUUCUGUUUUCCUCUUUUGUCUUACCUUUACAAACUCUUGCUUUUUUCGUCAAAUCUCAGUUCUUUCUUUUUAGAAGCUUGUUUCUGUGAGCUUUCUAAUAUAUUUAUCUAAAACAAUAUUCUCCUAAUUAAGCAAAACUGUUAGAAAUACCGAACAAUCAUGUUCCUUUAAAGUGUUUCUUUAGGCAUUGCACUCUUUCCUGGCUUCCUGUCUUUUCUCUGCUUCUGUAACUGGUUGUUCCUGUUUCUUAGUAUCCGCAGCCUCUUUGCCAUGGGGAGUAGUCAGCUGACUCAGUAAAUGUAAUUUCAAAGGCCAAAAUGUAACCCAAUGGUAAUGGAUUAAGGAAUCAAGGUCAGAAUGACCUUCGCUUCAUGUACUUGCAAAGCUAAUGUUCUGAAGUUAAAUUAGUCCAAGUAAUAAAGUCUGCACAGGUAGUGUUGGCAACAUGUUUUCAUUAUUGGUCUGUAUGUCAAACAAAAUUGACUUUAGAAUUAGCUCGGGAUUUGACCUAGGUUCUGUAAAAUACUAUGGUGAUUUUUGUGUCACGAUACAAUAUAGUAGGCAUCAGCCAAUGUUAGUCUCGUACAUCUUCACACUUUAAAAUGCAAGGAACUUUUCAAUGUUUCUUGAACAUAAGGCCCCUGUGGGAUAUUUGAAGUCAGUUCCUUCAGUUAUUUUUUAAUUUGUAUUCUGGGAUGUGGCUUUCAGAUUUAUGCAACAGACACUAGAACAUAAUUACUGCUCUUGAGUUUGUUUUUAAAUAGGAAUGUGAAGUCUUAAUCAAAUGUACCACUGGCACCUGCAUAUUGCAAUAGUAUUAGUAGUUUGCAAUUUUUUUAGCUUUUGUAUGGAUACAGUUCCCUCAUUUACAGCUAAUGUAUCUUUUGUACAGCUUAAUAUGCCUUAAGUUUAUGUAUUUUCAAACCCAAUAAAAUUUCUUAAACAUG